AAAAAUUACAGGAAUUUGUUUAGACGCCCUAAUCUCGGUGAAGGCCCCUUCGGACGCUUUCUGGUAACCAUGGCGACCCAUUCUUUCAUGCGGAAGGAGUCUGGGGAUUCAUGGAGCUGGAUCAAACACACGACCCCCAAGCUCCCCCCUCUGGAUGCCAUUCGGCUUUCCGCUGUCCUGGAAGACUGCACUGACCAGCUGACCAUCCUGGGCUGCAUCAUGCCUGUCUCCUACGAGGGAAGGAAAGACGUGGAGAAUCUUGACGAACAAGGAAUGCAGGAGAUCCUCUCCAGCCAGCAGGAGCUGAGUUCCAAAUACAGGAACCUGAUGGACAAGAGAGCCGAGAGCCUAGCCAAAGUCCCGGCCGAGUUCGGCAAAGCGGCAGAGAUUCGGUGGCAGUUGCUGGACACCAGCUCCGACCUCAAGCGCUCCAACCACCUCUUCACCAUGGCUACCAAGCAAAGCGCCUUGUCCAUGGACGUCCUCAAGAAGGUCCAGGCGAACAGGCAAUACUCCAACGAUGUGCUCGAAAGCACCAUGGAUGAGAUGCUGAUGCUGAGGACCUUCCGGACCCUACAGUUGGCCGUGACUCUGGAGAAGGACAAGAAGACCAACCUCCAGAACCUGGUCAUCAGGGAAGAGAUGGGAAGGAAGAAGAUCAAGAGCCUCCAGAAACAGCUGGGCGAAAUCAAGAAGGAAAAGGAUUACGAGCUGCAGAACCGGAACGAGAUGAUUGCCUACCUGAAAGACCAGCUUCAGGAGAUGAAAGCCAAAACGGACAUGGAGAACCGCUACGUCAAGAAGGACACGGAUCUCCAGGUGGCCCAAGCCCAGAAGAAGUGCUUUGGCACCGAGAACGAUCUGCAGAACGAAAUCGAGAAGCUGCGGAAUGAAAUGGACCGAGAGAUCCGGAUCCACUUGGACAUCGAGGCUUUCCUUAAACAGCAGCAAACGAGCAUAGAAGAGAAGCUGGAAUACUGGAUGGAGAAGUACGAAAAGGAAACCGAGGCCAAGCAGCAGGCCCUCAACAACCUGAAGUCCUCGAGAGCGGCCGACCAGGCCGCCCUGCAGGAACUGGCAAAGCAGUGCCUGGCGUGCGAGCAAGCGAUCAUAGAGGACCGGAAGGAGAAAGAGAACGCGAGGAAGAAGGUCGAGCAAGACGCCCUGGAGAUGAAGAGUAUCUUGAAGCUGCAGGCCUGGUGGAGAGGGAUGAUGGUGCGCCGAUUCCUCGGCCCUUACAAAAACCUGAAGAAGAUGCUGGAGGAAGAGCCCGUCGCCAAAGACAAAGGGAAGAAGGGAAAACUGGGGCCAAAGAAGAAGAAGUGACGGAAGAGCUUAUACUGCCCUCCUCACUUCAAAUCUGUGCCCCUCGGAAAAGGAAGCG